AUGAGGAACGGGCUGCCUUGGUUACCUGUAAGAAGAGUAGAAACGAUAGUUGAACAGCCACAGGCAAGGGAGAAUGUUCACAGUACUCAGAGGCAGAUUGCAGUGCAGGCAAAAAAGGCAAAAGAUGAAAACGUUGUAACCCCAAAACCUACUGAGGCGGGCUACAUGAACCUAAAUGCCCUAGACCGAGACAAGGCCUUGGUCCUCGGCCAUCGCAGAAAAGACAAAGGUUUACUAACGAUUGGUGUCACCACAGCCGAGCGACAGAACGCCAGCUACCUAGACGCGACAUUACGUUCCCUCAUAGAAAACGCCGACGCCUCAGAGAGGUCACUGCUGAGACUCGUGGUAUUCGCUUGCGACUAUCACGAGCGGGGUAGGCAAGAGGCACAAGCUGUGGUGUCCGCUUAUUCCGAGCACAUCCAGAGCGGCCUCUUGCAAUUUAUUGUCGCGCCAAGGUCUUUCUAUCCAAAAUUCUCUAACCUGAAGCGGACUUACGGCGAUCCGGAAGAGCGUGUCCAGUGGCGAUCUAAAGAGAACAUCGACAGCGUGUUUCUGUUCGCGUACUGCGCCGGCAUGUCCGAGUAUUUCCUGCAGAUGGACGACGAUCUGGCAACCAGCCCGGGAUACUUCCAGACGAUCCGAUCCUUCAUCAAAGGUCACUCCGAGGACGACUGGGCACUGCUUGACAUCGGCUCUACAGGCUCCGGGAAGCUAUUCCGUGAUGAAGAUGUCCUCCCAAUGGCUCAGUUCAUGGUUCAGUUUUGGCAGGAAGACCCGGUGGAUUACCUAUUCUUGUUUUUCAAGGCUCUUCGCGUGCAGAAGGAACGCUUCGUGGUCAAACCACCUCUUUUCAAACACCUGGGAGUGGUGUCCACUUUGGAUUUGAAAAACAGGGAAAGGAAAGCAAAAGAAGCCGCUAAGGCUAAGAAGGGUGGACCUAGCUUGAGGGUGUGACGUACACUUUUAAGCUUUUUUAAAACAAGGAAAACUCUAAAUCCGUUUAUAAAUUUCCCCAAAUGUUUUAAAGGAAACCCACCUUAUAAAAAGUUAUUGGGAGUGGCGUCUGCUUUGGAUUUGAAAAACAGGGGAAGGAAAGCAAAAGAAGCCGCUAAGGCUUAGAAGGGUGGACCUAUAGCUUGAGGGUGUGACGUUUACACUUUUAAACGCUUAAACGAGGAAAACUCUAAAUCCGUUUACAAAUUUCCCAUUGAAUGUUUAAAGGGCACCUUCCUUUAAAAAAAGUGACAUCCGUUUACUCUAAAGUAACAACUGCACAUGUCACAAAAAAGUAAUGGAUGCCUUUAAACCCAUUUUAUUUCCAAAGCAAAAGAACAGUCCAUUGUGGACAAGCGUCAUUGUUGAUUGGGGUCGAUGACAACCUCUCGCCCUGGUAUGGAUCAUUUGCAUGUGCAAAGUUUUUGAACACGUAUAUGCAAAUGAGGAAUAGUAUGGUGCCUGCC